AUGGCCAACAUCCUCGAAGAUUUGAUAGUCGACAUUCUCUCCCGACUUCCAGUGGUUACUCUGCUACGGUUCAGGAAAACCCUUUGGGGCUCUGAAAUAACAGUUUUUAGUUUGAAAUCGAAUGUAUGGAGAAGGAUUAAUCAUCGUUUCUCUAAUCUCCCUAGACCUUGUCGGCAUGGUGUGUUUUUUAAUGGUGCUUUGCAUUGGGUGGCUACUCGCCAGCCCGAGUCACAUGUGGAUAAUUAUAUUGCUGCAUUUGAUCUCGGGGUUGAGAACUUCCGGGAGGUGCAGCUCCCAGAAGAUUUUUGGACGGUGACUUUGGGAGUUUCGGGUGGAUGCUUGUGGCUGUUUGGUAUUAAUGUUGAUGAUGACGACCAUCUGGAGUUAUGGGUAAUGAAUAAUUACAUGAUGCGGGAGAUGUCGUGGACAAAACAUUCUCUAUCUUUCUUUUCACAUGUGUAUGAAGAUCUUCAUGUUUGCCAACUACGAAUUCUAGGUUAUUCAAAGGGUACCACCCAAGUUCUCCUCGUACAACUUAAUUUCAAUUUUUUUUGGUUAGACCUCAAACAGCAAACAGUCGCGGAUCUUGGCUUUCGUUCACGGGGGUUUCGGCCACUUGCAGCAGAGAUUUACAUCGCCAGCCUCGUUAAGGUUCCCUGUGAUCAAGGAACUAAUAUUCUGUAG